AUGGUUCUUUCAAUUCCUUUGAAAGUAAUUGCCCAUUGUUGGUUACAUAAAGAUUCUAACGCAGCUGAUUAUUUAGCUGAUUGUCAAGCUAAACAUUUACCAAAUAUUUCAUUUACACAAAGAAACGAUUUGAUCAACUGGCUAUCUGGUACUUCUGAAACUUCUUCUUAUAUUAGUGGUGACAAAAGUAAAGAAUCCGAAGUUAAAGAAAUUACCAAAGAAUCCGAUAGUGCUAAUGUUACGGAAAGAGAAUUAGCUAAAACAGAUCCAAUCUUAGCCAAGGCAUUAUCUAAUGAAAGAGUCUUGGUGGAUCAUAAUUCUUCCUUACGUGGGUCUAAAGCUAUUGACUUUGGUUAUCUGAUAAAAGAUGCGGAAUUAAAGCUGGUGCAAUCAAUAAAAUCAUCAUUACGUUCUAAUAGAAAUAAAAGUUCUUCACAAAAUGGUAUCUCCAAAAACGAUAGAAACCUACAAAGAAAUUCUACUCAAAGAAAGGAUCCAAUCAUUCUAAUCCCAUCUGCUGCAUCUUCUAUUUUCACUCUGUCAAAUAUCAAACAAUUUUUACAAGAUUCAAACUAUAUCAAUCCAAGAGAAUUACCUGUUGCUAGUCAAGAUUUAAUUACUAUCGAAAAGAAAUUUGACCGUAUAAGCAGGCCAAUUAGGUUUAUGGUUGUUAACAAUACAAGAAUGUUUACAAAGCCUGAAUAUUGGGAUAGAGUAGUAGCUAUUUUUACAACAGGACAUGCAUGGCAAUUCAAUAACUAUCAAUGGAAUACCCCUCAAGAAUUAUUCCAACAUUGUAAAGGGUAUUACUUCCAUUUCUCUGGUGAUUCAAUCCCACAGACAGUACAACAAUGGAACGUACAGAAAGUCGAAAUAGAUAAAAAUAAAAGAUUCAAAGAUGUUGAAGUUGUCCGUUUUUUCUGGUACAAUUUGGAGAAAGAAUUAUUAGCUAGAGGUUUCCAUUGA